AAGAAUGCUGGGUAGCCCAAACCAAAGGGAAUGCAGUUCGACACUUCAAGUAGAAAAGUAUCCUAUAUAAAUUAUAAUUAAGGAAUACAAUUAACACCAGUAAAAGUUGAAAAGUAUGGAGGAAGAAGUUGACUUUCUAAAGCUGUCUGUUGAAGAAAGAUGUCAACACAAGCAAUGGAAGGCUAGAGUAAGUGGAUUUGAAGAAGCUGCCAAGAUUUUUCAACAACAGGUUGAUCCAAAGAGUCCCGAGUUCAACAAGUAUUUGGGCCUUCUAAAAAAGUUCGUUACUGAUAACAAUGUAGUUGCACAAGAAAAAGGAUUGGCUGCUGUGUUAGCCUUUGUAGAAAAUGCUGGAUGUGCAGGAAAGACAUGUGGUGAAGUGAUGAGUGGCAUUGUUUCUAAAUGUUUUGUUGCCCCUAAAGCCAAAACGAAGGAACAGGCCCUUGAAAUUGUUUUUAUGUUUAUAGAAAUUGAAAAGCAAGAAAUUGUACAGGAUGAGCUUUUGAAAGGACUGGAAAAUAAAAGUCCAAAGGUUGUAUCUGCCUGCAUUUUGGCUUUAAGAGAUAGUUUAAAACAAUUUGGUCCAAAAGUCAUUGCUCUAAAGCCACUAAUGAAGUGGAUCCCAAAGCUCUUAGAAGACAGAGACAAAAAUGUUCGAGAAGAGACGAAGCACCUGACUGUUGAGGUUUAUCGUUGGAUCAAAGAUGCUUUGAAGCCUCAACUUCAAUCACUAAAGCCAGUGCAGUUGACUGAGUUAGAGGCAGAGUUUGAAAAGGUAGCUGGAGAGAAGCCAUCUCCAUCUCGACUCCUAAGGUCCCAACAGGCAAUACAAGCCAAGGCAGCACAAGAAACUGGUGGUGAUGGUGAAGAUGAAGAUGAAGGUGGUGAUGAUGAAGUUGAAGAAGAGAUUGACCCAUAUGAGUUUAUAGAACCAGUUGAUGUAAUAGGUAAAUUACCCAAAGAUUUCUACGAACAGUGUGAAGCAAAGAAGUGGCAAGAGAGAAAGGCUGUUCUUGAAUCUUUACUUUCUUUGGUUCAGAACCCAAAACUUGAAGUGGGUGACUAUGCAGAUCUUGUUCGUAUGGUAAAAAAGAUGGUAGGAAAAGACACAAAUGUUCUGGUAGUAGCACUAGCUGCCCAGUGUCUAGGUGGUUUAGCCAAAGGUUUGAGAAAACGAUUUCAACCUUAUGCUGGACAGUGUAUUCCUGUGAUUCUGGAAAAAUUUAAAGAGAAAAAGCAGAAUGUUCUACAGGCCUUGAGAGAAGCAAUUGAUGCCAUUUUCCAGACAACAUCAUUGGAGUCAAUACUAGAAGAUGUUCAGGGAGCACUGGACAACAAAAGUCCACAAAUCAAGACAGAAACUGCAUCAUUCUUGGCACGCUGUUUCAAGUUUUGCACUCCUACCAUUCUGAAUAAGAAAAUGCUGAAACUUCUUUGUACUUCUCUUGUUAAGACACUAAAUGAUAUGGAUCCUGCUGUGAGAGACAGUGCUGCCGAAGCUCUUGGUACAGCAAUGAAAGUGGUAGGGGAACGUGUUAUCACUCCAUUUAUUGGAGAAGUAGAUGCCCUUAAAAUGCAAAAGGUGAAAGAGAGUUGUGAGAAAGCUGAACUAAUAGCUCCUCAAGUUCUGCCAAAAGAAAAGAAGCAAAGAACUAAAGCUGGAAAACCCACAGCAUCUCAGGCCAGCUCUGAAACACAGUCAACAGAAAGUAAACCGACUUCUGCCACUUUAACCAAAAAAACAGCAUCACAGGGUAAACAUAAAGCUGGGUCAGCUUCUGCUAGACCUGUGAAGAAGCCUGCUGGUGUUAAAAAAGGGGGAGCUAAGCCAUCAGCAGUUUCAUCAGUAUCAAGCAGCACAAGUCAGAAGCAAACUGAAUUUACAGAAAGGGAGUUAUCGGAUGAAGAAGUAGUUUCCCAAGCAUCGGAUAUUCUUUCAGAUGAAGUGGUUAUUGGAUUGACAAAUACCAAUUGGAAGGAACGUUUAGCAGCAAUUGAAAAGUUUACAGAGAUAGUACAUGGGAUGGAAAAAGAAAAUAUUCCAAGCCAAGUUCUUAUAAAAAUAUUGGCCAAAAAACCAGGCUUCAAGGAAAACAAUUUUCAGGUGUUAAAAAUGCGUUUUGAAAUUUUAACUUACAUUGCCGAGAAUUCUCCAGUUUCCAAGUGCACAGUUGAAAGUUGUUUGAAUGAUGUAGUGGAGAAAAUUGGGGAUGCAAAAAAUGGAAGUAUUGCUGGUGCAUCAAUUACAGCUUUAGCAGAAGCGACCAGCUUGGAUUACAUCAGCUCAGAGGUUUUAAAUACAGUUUUUACACAAAGAAGUCCAAAAAAUCAGUCGGAAGCUCUGAAUUGGCUUGCAACAUCCCUUAAAGAAUUUGGAUUAAAAAUCAAUAUAAAGGAAGUUGUAGAACAUAUCAAGAAAGCUUUGUCUGCUACAAAUCCUGCUGUAAGAAGUUCUGCCAUUACUUUGCUUGGAGUGAUGUAUAUGUAUAUGGGAAAAACCCUGCGAGUUUUGUUUGAAGAUGAAAAGGCUGCUCUUCUUCAGCAGAUAGACUCAGAGCUAUCAAAGUUUCAAGAUGUAAAACCACCUGCUCCAAUCCGAGGUCUGGGAAGCAGGGGUAAAAAAAGUGAUAAAGCUGGUGAAGAUGAUGGUGAAGAUACUGACAACCAACCACUAAUCAAUGCUUCUGACCUUGUUCCACGAACAGAUAUCAGUAGUCAUAUCACAGACAGCAUCUUGACUGAAAUGUCAGACAAAAGUUGGAAGGUUCGAGCCGAAGCAUUACAGAAAAUAUCAUCUGUUCUAGCUGAUGCCAAGUUCAUCAAGCCCGAGUUAGGGGAUUUACCUUCAGCAUUAGUUGCUCGUCUAACGGACUCCAACAAGAACAUGGCCAUUCAGUCCUUGUCUAUAUGUAAUACUCUUGGCACUUCCUUAGGACCACAUUGUAAACAUCAUGUGAGAAUAAUAGCACCAGGUUUGUUUGCUGCUAUUGGAGAUAAUAAAAAUAUGGUGAGAAGUGCAGCACUGAACUGCCUGAACACCUGGUAUGAACAGAUUGGGCUGCUGGCUUUCUUUGAUGGAGAGAUGGUGAGUGAUGCUCUACGUACUGAAAAUCCUUACCAACGAAUUGAGAUGUUUAAUUGGCUGUCAGAAAAGCUUCCUGAAGUAAAAUCUGUUCCCAAAGAAGAACUAAAUGUAUGUGUUCCAUCACUGUUUACUUGCUUGGAAGAUCGAAAUGCUGAUGUUCGGAAAAAAGCACAGGACUGUGUUUUACCAUUUAUGAUACACUUAGGCUUUGACUCCAUGGCCCGUGCAGCUGGAAAGUUAAAGCCUGGCUCUAAGACAACUGUUAUGGGGCUUUUAGAAAAAGCUCGCCCCAAUCUUCCAGCUAAAGCACCACCCAAACCAAAAUCAGCUCCUGCUAGAAAUGGUAACACUAUAGCAGCUCCUCAAGGAAACCGAUCACCUCCAUCUCCUGGAAUAUCUACAGACAAUUUAAAUACAGAAGAAAAUACCUCUGGAGUAGCUGCACCCAAGGGAAAAUUGAAUCGCAGUACAUCAAAAUCAAAGCUUGCAGGUAAAGCAGCAGCAACUAGUAAAAGUAGUAAAAAGGAGGAAGAAGUAGACACUUCUCCUGGUUUUGUGGCAAAUAACAUGAAAGAUCAGCGACUUAAUGAUGAAAAGGCUUUGAAGGUUCUAAAAUGGAAUUUCACUUCCCCGAGGGAAGAAUUCUACCAGCAGUUGAAAGAUCAGAUGAUAACAGCCAACUGGGGUAGGACCCUAGUAACCAAUUGUUUUCACAGUGACUUCAAAUUCCAUAUUAAAGCUAUUGAUACCAUGAUUGAGUGUCUUGCAGCAAAUAGUGAUGCCACUGUGGCCAACUUGGAUCUUAUUUUGAAGUGGCUAGCACUGAGGUUUUUCGACACAAACCCAAGUGUUUUGAUCAAAGGGUUAGAAUACCUUCAACAGCUGUUUAGUAUUUUGAUUGCAAGAGGAUAUCGACUUCUUGAAUCAGAGGCAGCAUCAUUUAUCCCAUAUCUCUUGUUGAAGGUUGGAGAUCCCAAAGACACAGUCAGGAAGGGAGUUCGUGAUAUUCUAAAACUUAUAUGUCAAGUGUAUCCAUCCAGUAAAAUGUUUAAUUAUGUUAUGCAAGCACUUCCUUCAAAAAAUUCCAGACAAAGAGCAGAGUGUCUGGAAGAACUAGGAGCAAUGAUAGAAGUGUAUGGAAUACGGAUCUGCCAACCCUCACCAGCAGCUGCCUUGAAAGAGGUUGCGCGACAGAUAGCAGAUCGAGACAACAGUGUGAGAAAUGCUGCUCUAAACUGUGUAGUUCAGGCAUACAACUUGGAGGGAGAAAAAGUCUUCAAGUAUAUUGGACAGUUGUCUGACAAAGACAAAAGUCUGUUGGAAGAGCGAAUAAAGAGAUCGGCUCGAACUAGGAACAAUGCUCCAAGUAGGGAAGCUCCACAACAGGAAGUGGCUGCUUCUCCUCAAAUUACUAGACAGGUACAACCACCUCACACCCAGGCUGCAGCUACAACAGACACAGUAGAUGUCAUCAGAAGAGCAAAUAGAAAACCACCUAUGACAAGGCCCAAAUCUACAGGACCACUGACUUUGGAUUAUGAUGAAAUUGAACAAAUGUUCAAGUCACCAGAACCAGAGAACAAAGCCCCUGGACCAGUUAAUGUAAAUGCUGAUGAAAUUCUAAAUUUGCCAGACAUUCAGCUCCCACAAACAAGACUUCGCCCACCAGCUUCAGCUGUAAAACUUGUAAAUAACUCGGCAGAAGCAACAAUGGCUCUUAAUUUAGUUAUGGCCCAGCUUGCAGCACAAGAAAUCCCUGUCGUCAUUGAGGCAUUUGCUCAGGUUGAAGAAGUGCUGCGACAGGAUGAUAAAGCAGAGUCUGUGCUGGGAUCUAGGGUUGAUCAGCUGCUUCUGAUGGGUGCUCUGCAGUACCGACUUGCCCACAAUAAGCACAUGGGAGAUGACAAUAUAUGUAAAGCAGACGUCAUCAAGCUUUACCGAUGUGUCACAGUUACGCUAGUCUCGUUGUUUGAGCACAAGAACCUUGCCAAGCGUGCCAGCCGUGACGUACUGCGAGAUCUUGUCCCGCAUUUAGUUACUGUCAUGUUAGACACCAGGCUGAAUGAACUGCAAGAAGGUCCUCAAGUUGUUCGUGCAAUCAACUUGCUUAUUGUUAGGAUCCUUCAACGUUCUAAUCCAACCCAUGUUAUGAGUGCCCUGAUUAAGCUGCUACACGACUGCGUGGGGAGUAUGAAUACUUCUGACAGGUAUACUGAGCUGGUGAUGAAGUGUUUGUGGAAGAUGUUGAGGAUGAUGUCUCAAUACAUAAAUGAACUCAACGUAGAUAGAAUUCUUUUGGAUCUUCACGUUUUCCUAAAAACUUACCCGUCAUCUUACUGGAGAGACAGAUCAUCAGACACCCCAAUUCGAACCGUGAAAACAAUUCUUUACACCCUAGUAAAGUUUAAAGGAGAGGAGAUAAUGAAGCACCUCAUGCUCAUCUCCAAUCGUCAAGAAUCAGACUUGGUGAAUUACCUUCAGAAGAUCCUUCAUAUGAAUAAAGAUGGGGACCGUAAGUCUAGUACAGGUAGAAGUAGUGCUGGAAGCACUCCAAAACAUAUUGAGGAAGGAGAUGAGAACAAACUUGAAGGAAGCAUUCCGGGCAACAGAAAGAGUAAAAGCUCACCUAUGAGACUUUCCAAGUCUACUCAUGAGACACUGGCAGAAAUAUUUAAAAAAAUAGGUUCCAAGGAGCGCACGAAAGAGGGUUUAGUUGAACUUCAUGAAUUCCAACAAAAGCAUCCAGAGGCUGACAUAGAGCCCUUUCUCCAGGGUUCUUCAGAGUUUUUCCAAAACUACAUUCGUCGAGGGCUCAAAGCUAUUGAGCAGGAGAGAGAAUCAAAAGAUCAGACUUCACAACCUACUACAGAGGGCUACACAGAAUUAUCAUCAAAUAUACUGAAGACUAGCCAGGUGACAUUAGGUUACUCUAGUACUAAUGGAUCUUCUGUGACUUAUUCAGGGUUUCAAAAGUCAGAAACCACAACCACUUCUACACUGUCAACAUCCGUAAAGCAGACUCCUCUGUCUCCAGGGCUGCCACCUCUGCCUCCUGACUCUGAAGAUACAACUCCUAUGGACUGGGUCGAGUGGCUAAAGAGUGUGGCUGCCCGCCUUGGCCAGGACAGCUCCAGGUAUGAUGAUAAGGAGUUUGUCCAAAAGUUGGUUGGAAGUUCAAAGAGUGGCAAAGGAAAAGAGUAUGGCCAGCUUACAGAUGAAGAAAUGGAAGAAAUACAAAGAUGGACUCAAGAAAACAAGAACUUGCUUGAAACUUUCAAACGACAAUACUGCAAAGAUGUCAGUGUUACCAGCAAUUGAGGCUUUAUCUUAACCCUUCCUAUUAAGUUAACUUGCUUUUUAUAAAGUGUACUCACAUGACUUUUAUUUUAUUAUGUCUUCUCAUGCUAGAAACUUUAAACUUCUGUCAAUCUUCCCAGUGAAGGAGAAGGUCAGCAUGCUUAGUGUAUAUUUUGAGCCUCUUUAUUGUAAAAACUUUGUUGUAUAUUAGUGAUGCCCUCCCACAAUGUGAUAUGUGUAGCUAGUUUAAUGUGAUGGUGGUAGCAACUAGUAAAUUUGGGGGGCAUAAUUUUCCUUAAGUUUAAUACAUUGUUUUAAUUGUCUUAUCUUACUUCUGCGUUUUGUUUCUAAUAACAUCAAGGAGAAAAUAAAAAUUAAUGUCAAAAAGUUUUGUUCAUGUGUAUUAUUUAAUACUAUUGAAUCAGUAUGCUUUCUCAAGAAUUUAAUGAAGUACUUUGUAAACCCUUAAGUCUCAAACAUACAAGGUUUGUUACAUGAUUAGGAACUGGUUAUUUAGAAA